CCCCCCCGGCACGCAGGCCCCGCGCGAGCUCGCGCACGCGCGCACCCGCCAGGGCCUCGGUCUGGCCCGCGAGGACUGGCGGGCGGAGAGCGGGCCGCUGAGGUGCGGGGGAGGAGCCCGAGCCGCCGCCGGCGCCGAGGAGCAUGUCUGCAAGUCGGGCCAAGAAAGUGAAGAUGGCCACCAAAUCGUGCCCCGAGUGCGACCAACAGGUUCCUGUUGCGUGUAAAUCGUGUCCUUGUGGUUACAUAUUUAUUAGCAGAAAACUUUUAAAUGCAAAACACCCAGAGAAAUCACCACCUUCUACAGAAAACAAGCAUGAGGCCAAGAGGAGGCGGACAGAGAGAGUUAGGCGAGAGAAGAUAAAUUCUACAGUAAAUAAGGAUUUAGAAAACAGAAAGAGAUCUCGAAGUAACAGCCAUUCAGAUCAUAUCAGACGAGGAAGAGGAAGACCUAAGAGUGCGUCUGCCAAAAAGCACGAGGAGGAACGAGGGCAAAACUCCCAAGGACAAGGAAUGGAAGAGGCAGCAAAAUUCCAGGAGGUGAAAACUGUUUGAGGAGACCCAUGAAACCUAAUUAGAAACAGGAAAAGGAAAUUGACAUCUAUGCUAACCUCUCUGAUGAAAAGGCUUUCGUGUUUUCAGUCGCCUUGGCAGAAAUAAAUAGAAAAAUUAUCAAUCAAAGACUUAUUCUUUGAUAUUUGUCUGAAAAAUGUGUCGAAACUUUCUUCAGGAUUACAUCAGCAAAUUCUCGAACAGUCACGGACUCUCAGGAGCGUUCUGACUGCAUCAAUAAGGGCCAUCGAUUGUUUUUUUCCCCCCUGUCAUUUAGCCUGUGCCACAUUUGGGAGCAAAACUCUAGGCUUGGACUAUUUUGGGAUUUCCUUGUUUACCAAGGAGUGUUGUCAGUGUUUUGUGUUUGGGACAUAAGUAAGUAUAUAUUUACCACCCCUCCCCCCCCCAAAAAAACUGGAUGGCUAUUAAAGGAUAAAGGGGUAGGGGUGGGAGUGGAAGUGUGAAAACUAGGGAGAUAAAAUGCUUAAUAGUAUUCGGGUUUGCCACCAGAGAUGCAAUAUUUUAAAUACUUUGAGAAAGAGUGACUUUUAAAAGUAUAUAUUUCAGAUUUUCAGCAGUAACAGAUUGCAUAUAUACAGUUCAAUUACUUUUAAUAAAUUGGCAAUUGAUAUAUUAUUGAAUGGGGAAUUAAGAAUAUAAACUGUAAAUUUUGUCUUAAAUUGAUUUUUUUCUUGGCCUUUAUUUUUAUGACUUAAGGUAUGAGUUGUAUUUUGGGAGAUACUUUCUAAACAGUUUGGAAGUUUGGGUGCUACAUGAAGAAAAACGUUUAAGGAUAUAUCAUACUUUAGAUAUAAACACCUUGUUUUCUUGAAUGUAAUUUAUUUAUUGGUUAAAAAAAAAACUUUUCUGCUCUCAAGAUGGUGCCUGUUAACCUAAACAUAAAAUAUAUUUAUUACUUACAAAAUAUUUCUUAGAUAGCCACUUUUAAGCAGUAAUGUUUUAUCUGAAUGGGUGUUCAUUUAUACAUCCUGAUAAUUAUUUAAAUUGUUACUUAACCCCACUCUGGAAGAAAAAAAUAAAUUUAAUAUUGAAAUUAAUAGA